GCCUAAUCUCAUCUUGUAGUCAAACUAGCAAGUGGAACUGAACAGACUUGUUAAAAACGGGCUCUAGGCGACUGACGACACACGACGAGUCUCCUUCCUCAUUUCGCGCCACCACAGGUAGCCGCUCAUAUAAGGACACGGGGGACACUUUCCUCACCAUUUGCCUUAAGGACACAGCUGAGACCGACGACGUCCGUUUCUGAACCUCCGCUUCAAGCGUUUAGUUUGACACUUUCAGGUGAACUACUGUCCACAGGGAGCUUCUAUGGAGAUGACAGCGCUGAAGUUCAAAGAUGCUUUCUGGGGAGUGGAUUUCACUGAUAACAUGGGAUAUGAGGUCCUGAUGCAGAGACUCACUGACGGCCGACGUAUGUGCAAGGAUAUGGAGGAUCUUCUGAAGAUGAGGGCACUGGCAGAGGAGAAGUAUGGGAAGGAGCUGGUGACAAUUGCUCGCAAGUCAGGAGGACAAACUGAGAUCAGUACUCUGAAAGCAUCGUUUGAUCAACUGAAAGCACAAAUUGAGAAUGCUGGGAAUUUGCACAUCCAGCUCUCUGUGAUGGUGAAGGAGGAAGUGAGGAGGAUAGAACUGUUCCGAGAACUGCAGAAAGAACAGAGGAAGAAGUUUGAAAGCAUAAUAGAGAAAAUUCAGAAGACUAAAGUGUCCACACACAAGAAGACCAUGGAGGCAAAAAAGCUCUAUGAACAGAGGUGCCGGGAGGCAGAUGAGGCUGAACAAGCUGCUGAGAGAGUGAACAACACCACCAGUGUCACUCCCAAGCAGGCAGAAAAGGUGCAUCACAAGGCCAAACAGUGCAGAGAGGCGGCACAAGAGGCUGAGAAGCAAUACAUAUCCAACAUUAACCAGCUGGACAAGAUCCGGGAGGACUGGGAGAACACACACACAAGCACCUGUGAGGUUUUUCAACAGCAAGAAGAAGAUCGCAUAAAUUUCCUGAGAAAUGCAAUGUGGGCUCACUGCAACCAUUUCUCACUGCAGUGUGUCAAGGAUGAUGAGUAUUACGAGGAAGUGAGGAAGACUCUCGAGCAGUGUGACAUCACAACAGAUAAUAACUGUUUCAUUGGACUGAAGAAGACUGGAUCAAGUCCACCAGCUCCCAUUGUCUUUGAGAGUUAUUAUGAGAGGGACCUGCCAGGAAACAGCAAUGGCACUGCACGCGUAGGAGGAGGAGGAGGAGGAGGAGGAGGAGUGAUGAAGAGGUUUUCUAAUCUUUUGCAAGGCAAUAGCUCUGGUGGGUCAAAGAUGAACGUCAGCGAUACCACAGGAUCCUGCAAUGCUGACAAGUCAGACAGCGUAUACGCAUCUAUUCCGGGCCUUCCACAGGAGGAUCUUAGUGACACUGCAGCAGAAGAAGACGGGUAUAAGGUGUUAUACAACUACAGAGCUCAGGGUCAGGAUGAACUGUCAGUCUCAAAGGGGGACAUGGUAGUAGUCCUAGAGCAGGGUAAUGAUGGCUGGUGGACAGUGGAAAGGAAUGGUCAGUCUGGUCUAGUCCCAGGGAGCUACUUGGCCAAAGUGUAAAACAAAAAAAAAAAAAAAAGGUUU